AUGCAUGAAAUCAUCACUCUCCAGCUUGGAACCAAAAGUAACUAUCUAGCGACCCAUUUCUGGAACGCUCAGGAAUCCUAUUUUACAUACUCUGAAAAUGAGGAAUCCCUGGUAAAUCCGGACAUUCAUUUUCGACCAGGCCUUGGUUCCGAUGGCUCGGAGACCUUCACUCCUCGGACCAUAAUAUACGACCUGAAGGGGGGAUUUGGCACUCUUCGCAAAUUCAAUGCGUUGUAUGACAUCUCGGGAGACUCCCACGCGGCCCCGGGUCUUUGGGACGGGAACACGGCACGACGUCAAGAACAGCCCAUUGAACCAUCUGAGUAUCAAAGGAGCCUAGACCUGGGUCUCCCGACUACUCAACUCCACGCCUCGGAUGUGAGGUAUUGGUCCGACUUCAACCGUGCUUUCUAUCAUCCUAGGUCCAUUGUUCAACUCCACGAAUACGAGUUGAACUCGCAACUUAUGCCCUUCGAAAACUGGUCUGCUGGUGAAGAGUUGUUCGGCAGUCUGGACAAGGAAGUUGAUCUUCUUGAUCGUGAUGUCAGACCGUUCGUAGAAGAGUGCGACCAAAUGCAAGGUUUUCAAUUCUUCAGUGGUGCGGAUGACGCAUGGGGAGGCUUUGCUGCCAAGUAUGUGGACAAUGUGCGAGAUGAGUAUGGCAAGACAAGUAUCUGGGUCUGGGGCAUUGAAGACGGUUCCAGAAUGACUAGGGAAAAACUGUCAGUAAGAGCGUGCAAUGCCUCAAGAACCCUCCAGUCAAUUGCUCAGCAGGCAUCAGCAUAUGUCCGGCUUGCUGCACCUCCCUCGAUUCUGCCUCGAUAUGUAAAUAUUGACAGGGGGUCCGAUUGGAUGAGCACCGCACUCCUCUGUGCGGGCAUUGAAUCUGUCACACUUCCGACAAGGCUCAAUGCCGAAGCAGGGAAAAGAGGCUCGUUGAGCCUGUUCGAAGAUACGCUAAAUACCAACGGCGUUCAAAAUGUGUUCGAGCUUUAUGCAAGCGUCACGAGCUCAAAGACCGAAGCCAGCCACUCCUCCAACGGAACUGCGACUGGCCAUGGAAAUGGCUAUGGAGAGAAUCAAAGUACUAAUUCGCCAGAGCCAUCACGCUUGGACCUGGACUACAGUCCGAGUCUCAGCAGUCCGUCGGCCGGGAGAUCCAGUCAUGUUUUUGCUCAGGUGGAAUGCGACCGUGACCACCUCGAGUCGGGGACACGGCCGUUGACCCUGACCCCAGAAGAGCGGCUUCGAAGGAGACUAAACGAGGAGAGCGUGGUAGAGAUAUUUCAAACCAGCCUACAGUUUCCAUUGCUGGACACGUUUCCAGACACGCUCUUCGAGACAAGUCGAAGGUCGAGCGGGCUGGAUAUGUCGGCAGCCUUAGAAUGCAACUCGAGAAUAAAGGCUCGAAUUCUAGAUCUCAGGAAUACGACUUCUCGCCUAAUGCCGUUGGAAGAGCGAGAGGCUCAUUACAACGAUUUCACACAAAUGGCCCAGAAUUACGACAUUGGAUGGGAUUCAGGAUCAGAUUCUGGGAUCGACGAUGAGUGA